UCUUAUUUCGACAUACACGUAUUGCUUCAUCGUGUUACCAUGGUGCUUACGAGAUCUCGCGCAGAGAGUUCGUCGGCGGGCGCGGCCCAAGCUAAUGUGGUGGCGUCGCCGCCGCCCACUCCGGAGGCUGUACAACAACCUGCACCUGCGCCAGAGGCUGUUCCAUUGCCUCCGCUUGCUCCGAUCAUGAUAACAACCGAGCAGCUGAGAUUUUUAAUGGAAAGGGUAAAUGGCCCACCAACUGUAAGUAGUUCCUUACAUGGUAAUUUCGCAAAAUGCACAGCACGAUUCGACGGCGAGAAGUCUAGCAACGUGGAAUCUUUUGUAGACGCCAUAGAGGUCUAUAAAGAUUGUGUUGGAGUAAGCGACGAAAACGCCUUGCGUGGCUUGCCUAUGUUACUCACCGGGUUGGCUGCGACAUGGUGGCAGGGUGUGAAGGAUCAUACCCCAACCUGGUCUGCCGCCAUCGAAGCACUCAAACAAACGUUUGGACCAAGGGCAUUAAUGUCACAGUUACCCCUUCAUUCCCUGUCGAUGACCGUGCAAUUAGAUAUGACGUACGGUUUGCUACAUCGACGUAUUCGUGAAAAGGUUUCGCGUUUGGAAUUUUCUACCUUCGCUGAGCUUAUUACUAUGGCCCGUCGUGUCGAAGAUAUUUUGGAUGAAAGCCGAACAUCGACCAGCGAUCUUAAACCGUUAUGUUCGACGGCAAAGCCUACUACUGUACCCAUUUCUCCGACGGCUUCGCAGUCGACAGUAUCUUAUAAGAAUAAAGCUCGGCCACACUGUAAUUACUGUAAAAAGUAUGGUCAUCUGAAAUAUGCCUGUGAAAAGUUAGCCAAACAGAAACUUGGCACUGAUGGAGAACCACGCGUCUCAACUAUCACGUGUUUCGGGUGCGGUGCGCCUGGCGUGAUCCGAUCCAACUGCUCGACUUGUAAAAAGACAGAACCUGUUCCGUCCGUAUCAACUUCGUUUCAAUCUGUUUCUGCAAAUAGUGUUAAUAUAGAUUCGCGAGUGCGACCUUUGUUAGAAAUAGAAAUUUAUGGUGAACGUGGUAAAGUGCUUAUAGACACAGGUGCCAAACAUUGUAUAGGUAGUGUUAGUCUUAGAGCUCAUUUAGUUAAGUAUGGCCAUAAGUUUGAAAAUGUAUUUACUGAGCUUAAAUACGGAGACGGGCGGGCAGUUGCGCAAAUUGUUGAAUGUACGCAAGUUAGGGUUAGGGUACGCGAUGUCUCUUUAGAUGUUAAGUUUAUAAUGUUGCCCAAUGCCACUGAAAGUUUGUUGGGAAUGAAUUUUAUUCAGGACGCUGGCAUGGUAUUAGAUUUUUCUCGCGGUAUAUGGUUUAUGAACCACGAUAGGGUCUCUCAGCCCAUCGUCUUUGAACCUAAUGGUGUAAGGUCAUACGAACCUUUGCAUUGCUCGUCUGUGGGUCUUCACGAGGAUGAAGGAUUCCACUUAGGUAAGGACGAACGACAGCAGCUGUCCAACCUUCUGAAUGUCAAUGAGGACAUUUUCACUCCAGGGGGAGGACCCACUCAGUUUGCUGUUCACCACAUCGAUACCGGAGAUGCCAGCGCCUUAACGCGUUACGUGGGUAAAUCUCCUGUUAUUGCGCAUCAGCGCCAUCGCGGUAGACUAGCCAAGUCACAGUCGGGUCGACCAUGUAACUUGGAGGGGGAGGAUAUAGCGGGCAACAUUGUAGGCCCUUCCGGGGAGACAUCGCGUCACUCUCCACCCCCCUCGUCCAUACCACGCCGUUCCCAGCGCCCGCCUAGAGGACCGCCCGUGCGCCUCAUUGAACAAGUCAGUCUUUAA